AUGAACACUCCAAAAAAGAAGUUGCAAUGGUCGUCAGAAAUAUGUAAAAGUCAAUAUGCACAAACCAAUGUAUCUAAUAAUAAUCAAGCUGAUGACUACGACUCAGAGAGAAUGCAAAUACGCUUAUUAACCUUUAUAAUUUUAUUAAAAAAGUCAGAAAAAGAAUUUAAACAAAUUCUACUCAAGCAUAAUUUACACAUAAAUCAAAUUUCAAGGUUACUAACAAUUUUACCGCCAAAUUCAAUUCACCAUUCCAAUGAAAUUCUCAACUGUAUUGAAAAUUAUCAAAUACUUGACAGUGUGUUGAAUUCACAAAUUCAAUUUUCAAGGGAUUAUGAACUAUUGCAAAGUGUUUUACAUUCUGAUGUACAAAAAAAUAGUCAAUAUUUGUAUCAAUUACCAUGGAUUAUUAUUAUUCAGCUCAUGUCAUCUUUAUUAACUCAUACAUCGAAAGCCUUAGCAUCUUAUCCUCUUUUAUCUAAACAAUACUAUUCAUAUAGUCAACAGAGAUCAAGAAUAUUUAAGGAUCGUUUUAUGAAUCAUUCGUCUAGAGGAUUUUAUAGCGGCUUUAGGAAUUCUAACCAUGAAGUACAUUAUCUUUUUAAAAAAUAUAUCUCACUAUCAUCGUCAUUAAAUCAAUUGAAAUUCAUGCCAAUAUCUCUCGGGACUACGCCAUUAACAGUAACAUCUUUAAUUGAGAUGAAUUCAAAACAUUGUAAAAAUGUUAUCAUCUUGAAUGAACAUUUAAAAAAUGCACUUUUGAUGAAAAUACCAUCGGCUUCAUCGUCAUUGAAAAAGAACAAACCUCCUGGUGUUCAAGAGACCAUGCACCCAGACAUCUUUAAAUUAACGAGUCAAUCCCAUACCUGCAAAGAAUUCAACUUGAAUACAAUGGUGAAAUUCAUGAAAUCCUUUAUACUACGACGUUGUAUCUCAACAUAUUCAAAAAGAAUCGACACUUUUCAAUCGCCUCAAUUGUAUCGUUCAUGUUCAGAAAAUAGAAGAAGAAUUGAAAAUCUACAGAAUUAUAAGCAUAAAAAGUUUGAGAAUACUGGCAGUGAAAUUCGCCUAAAUGAGAUUACAAAAAGCACUGAAGUACUCGAAGAAGAUGUAGAUAAAUCAAGUGAAUUUGGUAGUCAUGAUACUACUGAAGACAGCAGUAGCUUUGUGGGUAGUAGUAGUAGUAGUAUGAUUAGUAAUCGAGAAUUACUACCGGAACAUUUAUCACAGUAUAGUGAAUUGAUGAUUACUUCACCAGAAGAUAUUUAUGAGAAGUAUGAAUUAAAUGAAGAGAAGCUUCCAGAAACAGUUGACAGAGCUAGUCACCUAGUUUACGAAAUCGGAUUGACACUGAUGGAUUCUAAUCAGCCAUAUUCCCUAAUUAAUAUGAAGUGUUUAAUCUAUAGUAUUAAUAAGUGGGAUAAAUUACACCUGAAUUAUGGCACUGCGUUGACAGAGAAUCUACUUAGCGAUAGUUCAGUGUAUCGAAUACCUCCGAGUACUAACUUCCAGUUGAAAAAAACACCGUUAUCGCCUAGCAAAGAUACUUACAAUAUUACAAAUACUUGUUUAUUCACAGUACAAGGAUUUAAUAAACGCAAGAAUUUCUAUAGACUUAGUACAUAUGCAGUAGUGGAGAAGCGGUCGUGUCAGAUAACUCCACUGGAUACUUCAUCUUCUCGUUCGUCAGUGACGACAACAACAACAACAACAACAGUGUCAGCGACAUCUUCAAAACGAUCACUAACAAAAUUAUCAUCUAUGUCAGGCGAUAAUUCGUCUACAGCGAAAAUCAAUAACCAAUAUGCUCAUAAGUCAAACAGUAUGCAGAAAAAGCAUCAAGGAGUGAAUACAGCAGCACCCAGUACUGUUUCCAGUAUAUCUAAUGGUGAUGCAAACGAAUUGAAAUCUAACCGACGUGUAACAUCGACAAGAGAUAAACAAAUAAAGAUGGUGAAGGAGAAGGAGGAGGCGAAGAUGACGGCGAAGAAGCAGAAGAAGACAGAAGGAUUUCGAUAUUGUCCAAAAACACCUCUUAUGAAAAAUUCUCAUCUGUUUCUAGAAAAGUCAGUAGAAAAGUCUAGAAUAGGCAUAAGACGAACGUUUACUCCAGUGAAGCCACGACAACGCUACCAACAACAACAUCAGCAACAUCCACAGCAACCACGCCGACUUGUGAGUAAAUCUUCCAGCAUAAAUCAUAUCAAAAUGCUGAAGAGGUAUUCUUCUUCUGUACAAUCGUUACAAAAAACCAAAUAUGCCAAUAUUUAUUCUCCUAGUUCAAAAUUAUAUCAAAUGACAAGGCCUCGAUCAUGUUCAGUUCCAGUGACUAAGAGUUUAAAUAAAUCAAAAGACAUUAAAUCAAGUGUAAAACGUCAUCACAGUCAAAGUUUGGAUAAAGUGAACACAAUAAAACAGAAUAAAUUAUCACGAAAUAAAGAACAACCCUGUUCAAAUUUAAACAAACCUCUAAGACAGAAUAAACAAAUCAAUAUUACUAUGACUAAUAGCGGUAAAACAAUUCAAAUAAGCAAUAUACAAUUGAUCAAAUUACAAACUACACAAAAUCGUAUUCAGGCGGGUAAUUCUAGUGGUUGUUUAACCAAAAAACCAAACUUUAUCCAGAGUAAAGUCGACAAUAAUUUCAUUGCAUCGAUAAAUGCUAAUAUCACACGUAAAUUGGACAUAUUUAUGCCUACAGAUAAAUGGAAAUCAUUGAAUUAUUAUUUAAUCAAGCGUCAACUGUGUCGAAAUGCAUUGAUCACUACUCCUUAUCCAUUGAAUAGGAUAGAUAAAAUGAAAGAUUUGUCAAUUCUACAAUUUGUUCUAGGUAGAAUUACAAAUAGUCGUCUACGCAGUGUAGCAUUUAAACGAGAGAUUGACAAAAUGAAGAGAAUACAACUCAAGGAUGAUUCUACACCUGAGGACACAGACACAAAUCAUCUAACACUCGCCUCUCAUUCUGAUAUUUCUACAAAGCGUAAUAAACCAAUGACAUCUAUAUCAAAAAAUUUACGUGAUUCUGUAAGCCGAGUGAUUGAAAACAAGGUUAGAUUACACUCUGAUAAACCUGUAAUUAUCUCUGAAACGUGUUUGUCUGUCAAGAUCGGGACAACUGGUGAAGAAGGUGAAGCAGGCGAAGCGAAGAAGAAAUGUUGA